AUGGCACAAAAGUCCGUCAAAGGUUGGGUCAUAGCUAAUAUGUUAGCUGGAAAUCCCGAGAAGUCAUAUGACUUGGAUGAAGUCAAUGAACGAAUUCACUUGGUCUCACAGGAUAAGUGGACCGUGUAUUUUGAUGGUGCUGUCAACCUUUUGGGUUUUGGCAUUAGGGCAGUUCUGAUAUCCCCAAUUGGUCAACAAUGCCUAGUGGUUGCAAAGUUAGUAUUUCCUCACAUCAACAAUAUCUUUGAAUAUGAAGCCUGCAUCCUUGGUCUACAGUUGGCUAUCGACAAGAAAGUCAAAAGACUCCAAGUCUAUGGUGAUUCUACGCUCAUCAUGCUCCAAAUGGGAGGUCAUUGGCAAACACGAGAUGUGAAGUUUAUUACUUAUCAUGAGUAUCUUGAAGACCUGAUCAAGAAGUUUGAUGAAAUCUCCUUUGAUUACUUGCCAAGAUCGCAAAAUCAAUUUGUUGAUGCUCUGGCGACCUUGUCAUCAAUGUUACAAGUGGUUGACAACUUAAGCAUUGAUUCAUAUAAAUCAAUAUUUUGA